UCAUCAAAGUUCCGAUUGGAAAACAGCGAUUACGUGAUCGAUACUGACACCGAUAUGAAUUCCUUUUGCGGAGGUCUGUUGUUUGCCCUUUUGGUGGGAUCCAGCUGGGCAGCUCCCCAUGGAGGACACGCCACCAGCUACAGCUCGGUGACCAAGCACGAAGGACCCGUCCACAAGAGCCUGGGCUACGGUUACGAUCACGAUGUGGUCAGUGCCUACGGUGGCGUCUACGGACACGGCUAUCCGAGUCUCGGCCACUCGGGCUACGGAUACGGAUACGACAAGCACGAGCCCUACCACUAUCCCAAGUACCACUUCGACUACGGCGUCAAGGAUGCCCACACCGGAGACCAGAAGAGCCAGUGGGAGACGCGGGAUGGCGACAAGGUGAAGGGCAGCUACUCCCUCAAGGAAUCCGAUGGCACCACCCGAGUGGUGGAGUACACCGCCGAUGACCACAAUGGCUUCAAUGCCGUGGUGAAGAAGCUGGGCCACGCCCACCACCCCCAGGUCUACCACAAGGGCUACGGACACGGCGAUGUCUACGGCGCCGACUACGGCUACGGUCACGAUGUGGCGCACUACGGCGGAUACGGACACGGAGGACACGCCAGCAGCUACGUGAGCGUGAAGCAGCUGCACUAGGAACCAAGGUGCUGACUUACCCGACGAAAUCGAUCUGAAACCAACAGUAGUUAACAAUGCAACCAACUUACCUGACUAAAGCAAGCUUAUUUUUACACGUGUAGUAUUGACCAUAUGUAUAAUUUUA